GUUGAAACGAAAAGGCGGGCACAUUCGAAGGCACCUAACGUUAGGGUUAGGGCAUCGUGAAAAGCGACACUGGAUAAAUACAUUCGUCUUUGAAAAUGAAGUGCAUUACUCGAAGUAGCAAAUAAGGGCAGUGUACUCAUCGGAUUAGGAUAACUAAGCAAUGCACUGGGAUUAUAGAUGACCUGGAGAACAAUUACAUGCAUUGCCUUACAACUAAUACACGCAGUUCUAGCAUCGUGGAAGGAAUGCUGCUGCAUUUGUAAUAGCUCUCUUUCCUGAUUUGGUAUGUUAAUUCCUGCAUCUAAUUGAUCUUCCAUCUGCACAUGCAGUUGACCACCAAAAUCACACAUAAGGGAUUAUAUAUGCAACUCAGGGGUAAUUUCUCUAACCUUUUGGUUAUCCUGUAAAUCGUCUUUGAAAUUUCGCCUUUACACAGCAUUAGAAAUUAGUGCACUCUACAUGAUUUUGUAGUGGUUCUUUGAUAGUUGCAUAGAGAUGUGAAACAGUCUUAUCUGGGAAUGCUAAAGUUUAUAAUAAGCUAUAAGCAUCCUUCCCAUUGAAUGUGAGGAAAUUAGCCGUCAUUUUAUCAUCCUUAACUUCUUUCCUGGUUAGGCUUCAGAUUACAGACCUUUCCAUGUAAUCUUCGAAAACGUCAGAAUUGAAUGUACAUUCAAAUAUUCUAUCAAAGUAUCCAUCGCGACGUCGAUAUAAUGGUUAGAAUUAUUCUAAUUGACGUGCUUACUAAGAAUUCAAGAAAUGGUGCAAUUUACAGCAAGUAGAACUAGAAGGGCACAAACGAACAUAUUACAUUUGGAAUUCGUAACCAGCGGAAUAUAAAAUACAAAAGAAUCAUUAUUUCGUACAAAAGCCACAUAAUUACAAAAUAAUCAUAUUUUGUCACACACAUAUAGUCAUUGGAUCGCCUAUUUAUUGAAUUUAUAACGCGAUACACACUAAGUUACAUAGCCUAGUAGGUCGGUGAAAUAGUUAGUUUAGGCCAAAAAUAUUUGUAAGUUGAGCUACGCGGAUGGUGCCUCUUCCCCUAACAUUAUGACUUAAAAAAGUAGGUGGUCUUGUGUUUGGUCACAAAUUUGAGUUCGGUUGUCUUAAUUUGAUCGUUUGAGUACAUGCUCAUAUAUUCGUCCUUAAGCCACACUUCAGGUAUGAUGUAUUAUAAUGCUGCCCAAACUGAAAUAGGUGGAGCGAUGCACAAAUAUGUGACCUGCUCUUAUCGCUUUGAUACUUCUGUACCCUGUACAAAUGGAAAUUGGGGACACAAGUGUAAAAGUUGGUGUUCGUGUUCGACCAUUGUCAAACAGUGAAGUGAAUGACGGGAGUUCGACCUGUUUGUCAUACCCAAAUGAAGAAAAUCAGCUAAUAAUUGGAAAUGACAGGCUUUUUGGCUUUGACUAUGUUUUCAAGGAAACAGAUUCUCAAGAGCAUGUUUACAAAAAGGCUGCACUUCCAAUGGUUGAAAGUAUUCUCAAAGGAUAUAAUGCUACUCUGUUUGCCUAUGGUCAAACUGGAAGUGGGAAAACAUAUACAAUGGGUACAUGUAUCUCUGAAAGUGUGGUAGAAGAAUCCGCUGGUAUUGUUCCUCGGAUUAUUAAGGAUUUAUUUGAGAGAAUGCCAAAUUAUGAGUAUGAAUAUACAAUGAAGGUUUCAUUCGUGGAGAUAUAUAAAGAGGAUAUACAUGAUCUGUUAGGCGAAGAUGUAUCUGCAUCCUUACAAAUACGUGAAGAGAAUCAACUUGUUAAGAUUCCAGGCCUAACUGAAACAGUGGUCACAUCUCCGGAAGAAGUUCUUUAUCUUCUUCACUGUGGCUCAACAAAAAGAAGUGUUGCUAGUACAGCGAUGAACUUAAAAUCCAGUCGCAGUCAUGCCAUUCUUACUCUAUGUUUUUUGUUGCGGCCAAAGAUAACAGAGAUGAAUGGGAAGAAUACAGAAGAUACAUUAACAGCUAAAUUACAUUUAGUCGACCUAGCUGGGUCUGAACGAAUUAAGAAAACACAUGCUGAAGGUGACCGACUUAAAGAAGGUAUCGAUAUAAAUAGAGGAUUACUUGCCCUUGGUAAUGUAAUAAGUGCUUUAUGCGAACGGGACGCAAAGAAACGAUCGCAUAUUCCAUAUCGCGAUUCACGUUUAACUCGCCUACUUCAAGAUUCGUUGGGCGGGAAUAGUACCACGUUAAUGCUUGCUUGUGUUAGUCCUGCAGAUAUAAAUAUGGAAGAGACAUUGAACACACUUCGAUAUGCAAAUCGAGCACGUUUAAUUAAAAAUAAACCAAUUUUAAAUCGUGCUGAUCCUAAAGAUGCUGAACUUGCUAAACUGCGUGUUUUGGUUGCUCAAUUACAAGCACGAUUAGCUAACAAUUCCUCUUGUUUCCCAUUACUCAGUCCUUGUCCAAAAACAAUUAUUAAACCAUUAUCUACUAUUACUACUACUACUACGAUUAAUAAUAAUUCUACUAACAGUCAUUUUUCUUCAGAAUUAGUUACAAAUCUCAUGAAUAAAAAUAAAAAGUUAGAGAGUGAGAAGCUUCUGCUUUGUGCAGAAUUAGAUCAUAUUGUCGAACAAAUGAAUGAAUUAUACAAAAAUCGUUUCGAUACUGAUCAUUUACAUGAUACAGUAAUUUCUGAACUCCAAAAAAUCGAAUCAAUUCUCAACUCCUUAAAUCAAUUUGUUAGAGAUAAAUUCAAUGAAUAUCCUGAACUGAUUAGUUAUAUUCAAGAAUUGGAAGAUAUCCUAACUGGAUUGAUAAAACUUUAUAAUGAGUCGAAUAAAGUGACAAAACUUCAAGAACAUAAUCGCCGGCUUCAAUGUGAAAUGUCUCGUAUGGUUUCAGUGCACGAACGGCAACAAGCUGUAUUAAAGCGCCGUAUUGAAGCUGCUGCGGCUGCUGAAAGUCGACUUAAAGAAUUGUUAUUACGUCAAAAGGCUAUUAGAAAUGAACGUGAUGAAUGUGUAUCUGAAGGGAACAAUGCUAAAAAGUUCCUGCCUGGAGGUUUUGGUGACCCUCUGCUAUUAGACACGGAAGCCUGUUAAGCGAAAGCUCCUUCCAUUCCGUCUACAACCAUUUGAACACAUGAACUAGGUGCUGAGAGGCUCGCUUAUCACAAGUUUCUUGCAACGAUUAAGUAGAUAAGGCAAAGUAGCAUUAGAUUCAAAAAUUUAUUCAAGAACUUUCAUUAAGAAUCGAAUAUCAAACAAAGGUUUAAACCAAGUCCCCGUUUAAACGUGUUGGUAAUGUUAAGCUGCAGUUUUUGUUGUUUUUUCCAAACGAAAGAGUAAAAGAAGUCAAAAUAUACUGGAAGUGGUUGUGAGACUAAAAUGGACGUCUAGCAUUCUUUUUAUAAUCUGCUGUUCGUUGGGUCUCACGUAAACAGUUCCAUAGGGCCAUAGUUCCAAGGGCGAAACAGUUUUUAGGGUCUGUGAAGGCUCACUCCUGUUGCAUUCUAAAUGAAAAAAAAUAGUGAUGGAUUUAUUCAAAAAUGUGAAACAGAUAAAUAAACAAAUUACAUGUUUUUUAGC